AUGAUUAAUAUGCUGUCCGUCAUCUUCAUGUUUGCCCUUCUGGGCGUGGUGCGUGCCCAGCUAUCUGGGUCCGUUGGUCCCACAACCUCGUACAAGGCCAAAGCCAAAGUCAAGAUCUGCGAUGUCACAGACUACAGUGAUGACGUUAAAUCAGACAUUGGCCCAGCUCUUGCAGAUGCGUGGAGUGACUGCGCAGAUGGUGGGCUCGUCUACAUCCCUCCUGGGACGUACACAAUGGUCACAUGUGUGCUGCUCAAGGACGGUCAGUCGGUUGCCGUGCAGUUGGACGGCAUUAUACAACGUUCGGAUGACGCUGAUUGUUCCCACAUGAUUGCGUUUCGAUCCAUCGACGACUUUGAAUUCUUCAGCGGAACAUCCAAGGGCGCCAUCCAGGGAUUCGGUUACAAGUAUAUCCAAAACGGCGAAUACGGUCCACGAUUCUUCCGCUUUCAGGAUAUGAGCAACUUUUCAGUCCAUGGAUUUGCGGCAAUUGACUCGGCUGCCUACUAUUUCGUGUUCGAUACCGUUAGUAAUGGUGAAAUCUACAACAUCAUCGCUCGGGGGUUGAGUAAUGUUGGAGAGACGGACGCGUUUGACAUAUGGGGCUCGAACGUUUGGAUACAUGACAUUGAGGUGACAAACGGAGACGAGUGCGUUACCGUCAAAAGCCCGUCGCAUAAUCUUCUCAUUGAGAGUAUCUACUGCAACUUGAGUGGUGGCACAGCAAUCGGCUCUCUGCUCACUGGCACGGAUAUCUCCGAUAUCCACUAUAACCGUCUCUAUCUCAAUCGGGCAGACGGAUGCUAUAUCAAGACGAACAACGGCGAUGGAACGGUCAAGAACAUUGUCUGGGACACCGUCAUUGUCCACGGAGGGCCGUACCCCUUGACUAUCAACGAAGGCUGGGGGACGGAUCGCGGGUCGACCGGGGUAGCGAUUCGAAAUUUGACGUUUAGGAACUGGCGCGGGCAGCAGGCAGUCAACUCACGGCCCGUCAUUAGACUUGAGUGCGACCCCGACGUGCCCUGCUAUGACAUCACCGUGGAGGAUGUGGCGCUCUGGACGUGGGAAGGAGACGAUGUAUUUUGGUCCUGCGAAAACGCAUACGGAGAAGGUGCUUGUUUACAUUCUACCACGGCCACUAAGAACUUGGCCACAUACACCACGGUGGUCACCACCGGGAAGCCGUACUACGCGACGUCUUAUAUGCCUUCAGACUUGACGGCCGGUUAUCCAACUACAGCAUCCUUGACUAUCCCACCUGUGCCGACUACAUUCUAUCCUGGCGCCACUCCGAGCUCUAAAUUGCUUUCACUUACAGCAGCUGGCGGAAUUUAG